CCCCGCCCCUUGCUGAAUUCCGCAGCAGGACUGGCUCCUGAUUGGCCCAGCUGACCCAGAGCAGAGAACAACAAACAAGAUAGGCUCAAGACCGUCGGGAUGGAUGCAGCUACUUUGACAUACGACACAUUGCGUUUUGGAGAAAUUGAAGAUUUCCCUGAGACCUCUGACCCAGUGUGGAUCUUGGGGAAAGAGUACAAUGCCCUCACAGAAAAAGAAGAUAUUUUAUCAGACGUCACUUCAAGGCUGUGGUUCACAUACAGAAAGAACUUCCCCCCAAUUGGGGGGACUGGACCCACAUCAGACACGGGAUGGGGUUGUAUGUUACGGUGUGGCCAGAUGAUCUUGGGGCAGGCUCUGAUGUGUAGACAUCUAGGCAGAGAUUGGAGAUGGGCCAAAGGCUGUAAACAAAAAGAAGAGUACAUCAGUAUACUCAAUGCCUUCAUUGACAAGAAGGACAGCUAUUAUUCCAUCCAUCAGAUUGCUCAAAUGGGAGUUGGAGAGGGAAAACCUAUUGGUCAAUGGUAUGGACCAAACACAGUCGCGCAAGUCCUAAAGAAGCUGACAGUGUUUGAUACAUGGAGCCGGUUAGUUGUACACGUGGCAAUGGACAACACUGUGGUCAUAGAGGAGAUCAAACGCCUGUGCAUGCCCUGGUUGGAUGGGGCAUGUGGUGAGGCGGAGGGGGCAGGGGCGUUAAACGGCUGCCUGGAGGGGGCCUGUGCUCUGACUGAGGAGGAGACGGCUUUGUGGAGACCUCUGGUUCUGCUCAUACCACUCAGGCUGGGACUGAGUGACAUCAAUGACGCGUAUAUCGAACCCCUCAAGCAAUGCUUCAUGCUGCCUCAAUCCUUGGGUGUUAUCGGAGGCAAACCCAACAGUGCACAUUACUUCAUUGGUUUUGUCGGAGAGGAGUUGAUCUACUUGGACCCUCACACCACACAACCCGCAGUGGAGCCCAGUGAAAACAGCCAUGUUCCAGAUGAGACAUACCACUGUCAGCACCCACCAUGCCGCAUGCACAUCUGUGAACUGGACCCCUCCAUCGCUGCGGGUUUCUUCUUCAGGACAGAAGACGAGUUUGAUGACUGGUGUAUGCGAAUCAGACGGCUCUCCUGCAACAGAGGUGGCUUGCCCAUGUUUGAGCUGGUGGACAGUCAGCCCUCUCAUAUGGUCAGUGUGGAUGCCCUAAACCUCACUCCUGAUUUCUCAGACUCUGACAGACUGGAGCGAUUCUUUGAUUCAGAAGAUGAAGAGUUUGAAAUCCUUUCCCUGUGAUGAGCAAACUGACAUUCAUUUGACUGUUGAACUGUAGGCAAAGACUGUGGCACCUCUGCUCUUGAACCAGAAGGGAACAAGCACGAAAACAAAGGGCCGAACAUUACAGGAGCCUCUUGAGCCCGUCCUACUCCAAUGAUGUAGUCAAAAGUGCAAAACGGUGAUCUCUUCUAAAGCUUCUGAUCUAUCCAAUAUGGCUGACCUGUGGACGCAGCAGUACCAGGAGCUCAGGAUCCAUCUGUGUGCCCAUCUCCACAAGCGUUUUACAUCCAAGUCUUAACAAGUCUUUCUUUUUUUUUCUCAAGUGAUAUGGUGCCUUUCCCUGACUCCAUUAAAUAAAUUGCCAUAACAGUUUUAUGUUGUGUAAAAGACAAUGGAUGAUGUUGUAGACAGAUGCCCCUCCAUGGCUAACACAGUGGUCACUAAUCAAAGUCCAGGCUGUAAUGAAACCAAAUUUCAUCCAAUGUGCAGAAGAGUUGCAUUAAUUAUAUACUUUUUAUUUAUUACUCAUACCAUUUAGAUGACAGUAUAUGUAAUACCAACGGUUUAAAUAAGGAAAUAAAAUUACUCCCAAUAUUUGAA